GGAAUAGCUUGCACUCACUGAGCCCUGACAGCAUUUCUGGGUAGAUGGAUUUUUGCUGUCCUUGUCAGGUCCAACUCCAUCCCACAGCCAUGUCCUGCUACGAUCUGUGCCGUCCCUGUGGGCCAACCCCACUGGCCAACAGCUGCAACGAGCCCUGUGUCAGGCAGUGCCAGGACUCCCGUGUGGUGAUCCAGCCCUCUCCUGUGGUGGUGACCCUGCCCGGACCCAUCCUCAGCUCCUUCCCCCAGAACACCGCCGUGGGAUCCUCCACCUCUGCUGCUGUUGGCAGCAUCCUGAGUGAGGAGGGAGUGCCCAUCAACUCUGGGGGCUUCAGCCUCUCUGGUCUUGGUGGCCGCUACUGUGGCAGAAGGAGCCUGCCCUGCUAAAGCCAGGUUGGAUGUCUAGUGAGUGCAUGGAGCAGGAUGCCCAAAGCCAGGUGCCGGACUGAAGACAUUGCUGCUGGCCAGAGUUCCCAGGCAGGCUGAAAAUCCUUGUGUCCUUCUGCAAGGGAGGGAGACAAGCAAGGUGCCAGCCUGCGCUGUCUGGAAACAUAGCCAGCUGAAGUCUUCUCCUGCUUUGCUAUCUGAAACAUGAGUCCCUUUUGUCUCCUGCUGUCCUGUGCCAUGUGUUCCUCCUGAAUC